AUGAAAACAAUAUUUCCAAAAAUUCUAUUUAAUUCUUAUAAAGGUUAAAACGGCAGAAUGUGUAUAAUAGGAGGUUCAUUAGACUACACAAGUGCUCCCUUUUACUCUGCAAUUUCGCAAUUAAAAGGCGGAGCAGAUUUAGCUCAUAUAAUAUGUACUAAAUAAGCAGCGAUUCCCAUUAAAUCAUAUUCCCCUGAGAUUAUAGUACAUCCAUAUAUAAACGCAUUAAAUGAAUAGGAUAAUAAAUACUAUGAUGAAUAACAAAAAAUAGGUGAUUCUUUAAAUAAAAUAACUGAUUGGGUUUCCGCUUUUACAAGUUUUGUUAUUGGUCCUGGCUUAGGGCGGGAUGUGUGGAUUUAGGAGAUUUUAGGGGAGGUAUUUGAGACUAUAAUUAAGAAAUAGAUAAUUGUUUUAGAUGCAGAUGGAAUGAUAGAUGUAGUCACUAACGGAAAAAAAGCCUAUGUGCUGCUGGAAUAAAGUAGUUUUAAAAGAUGUGGGGGAAUCGGCGAUAUUUUAUGCGGUUUAACUGGUCUUUAUUGCUAUUUAGCCUUCAGGUAGUCAAUUGAAAAAUCCGUUUCAUUGAAAUAGGAAGAUGUUAUAUUACUUGGGUGUGUGUAUAGUGGAUGUAUUACUAGAAAAGCAAGCUAAAUGGCCUUUGCGAAGUAUAAUUUUUCUCUUACAGCACCUAAUAUUAUUGAGUUUAUUGGAUAGUGUCAUGUUACAGUUUAGGAUUUCCAUAUUUUAAUAUGA